UCCCUCUCUCUCUCUCUCUCUCUCUCAGAGGCAUGGCAACCAACGAUCAGCUGUUGGUUUCCUUGGUUUCCGAUAUCAAAUCCUACACAGGCAAAGACCCUCUUCUCCCUUGGCUCCAAGGCAUUCGGAAGAUGAAGGAAUCACUUUCUCCUCAUAUUCUAAAGGAGAAGCUCCCUCGAUUCCUGCAGAGAUGUGCUCACACCUUCGAAUCCGACAGGCGCUACCGCAACGACCUGCGAUACCUUCGAGUCUGGAUUCAACUGAUGGAUUUCGUGGAUGAUCCAAAAGUGCUUCUGAGAAGGAUGGAAGAGAAUCAGAUCGGACCUAAACGGGCCAUCUUUUACCAGGCAUAUGCUCUCUACUAUGAGAAACUCAAGAAGUUCGAAGAAGCUGAGAAGAUGUAUCAUUCGGGUGUACAAAACCUUGCAGAACCUGUUGGGGAGUUACAGAAAUCGUAUGAGAAGUUCCUUCAUCGUAUGGAGCUGUACAAGAAGCGGAAAACUAAACAGCAGGAAGGGAGAGCUGUGAGAAGUGCUAAGAGCAUUCCUCUCAGUGUUAGGGACACAAAUAUCAUCGAGAACCAACAUAAUGUAGCUAAGGAAAAUCCCAUGAAGGUUAUGGAAAAGAGGCCGUCUUUAGCUGAUGAAGGCCGGAAAAAUUCUACGAACCAUAGGAGUAAGACAAUGGAAAAAUCCACCUCUUCUUACCCUCCUGCUCAACAUCAAAAGAACAUCGGCAUGGAACUGGAUAAACCAACCUCAUUUUGUGGCGACGACACAGUCGUGGUGAAGUUUGUGGGGUCCGCAAUCGUGGGGAAGGCCGAAGCUGAAGAAGCCUGCCAUCAUGGUCUCGUGGACCCCACAAUCAAUAUGAAAGAGGCCAUGAAUGCUAUAAACAGCAUGUUUCGGGAGCCUUUAGAGCCUGAGCCGAACGAUAGAAGAAGAAGAUCACAGAGAAAUCAGCCCGAUGUGAAUCAGCCUGCGAGUAGCGGGUUUGAGGUGUUUGUCGAUGAAAGCAGUGACAAUGGGGCCAGGUUGACUGAUCAGAAAACCAACGGUCGUGAAUUGCCUAAUGCUGCAAAGGGUGCUUCCCAUUUCAUGUCUAGAACUGAAGUACAGAAGCCUCACCAAGAAAUGCUCGAAAUAUAUUGUGAUGAUGGCAGCGAUGAGAGUGAUAGUUUGGCAUGCAAUAAAGGUCCUGUGUUAUCUGUUCGUCCAUCGAAUGUUUGCAAUGAUCAAUAUAAACUGAGGGAUGAUACAGUCGUCUGCCGAUUCGUGGGGUCCACUGUCUUUGGUGAGCCCGAGGUGGAAAACGCUUGCCACCACGGCUUAGUGGACCCCACAAUCAACAUGAAGGAGGCUAUGGAUGACAUAAACAGCAUGUUUGGGAAGCCACUGGAUUUUGUCAGGGCCAAUAGAUCAAAGAAGCAAGGCACAUUAUCAGUUAAGAAGCAAGAUAGUAAUACUGGGUUCUCCAUAUUCACUGAUGAUGAUUUGGGACAGCAGCAACAGCAGAAAAAAACAACAUCCUACCCAUCCAAAGUUGUAGGCAGGGAAUGUGAUCUGUUCGAGCCAACAUUGUUUACGAAGGAGGCCAUGGAUGAGAUAAAUGAAAUGUUUGGUAAGCCAUUGGAUUUCUAGCAAGGGCCAAGCUUAGUUCAAGAACUUAAAAUUACAUGAUUUGAUUACUAAAGAGUGAUACAAGAUUCCUCCAUUUACAGCAGUUGUAUUUUUAUCGCAUGCUCUCCAAUGGUUGAGAUGUAUUCUAGAUUCCGUCAACUCGAUCACCACACUUAAAUGUGUUACUAAUGUUGUGGGAAUCAAACCGGAGAUUGGAAGGUGUGGCCAUUGAAGCAGAUGGUAGAUCUUAGCUCCUAUUGCCGAUGCGAUCAAGGUGAACAUACAUUUGCUUAUAUUUCUUUCCUUGUUACUCCAUGUUUUAGUUAGUAAGCAUUUCGUUGUACCAAUUAUCAUGAUAUUUCAUGAUUAAUCAGUCUGAUUUGGUGUGAAAAAUAUCAUGAAAUUUCAUGAUAUU